AUGGCCGCCGUCGCCGCCGCAGCUCCAGUAGCGGCAGCUGGAGGUCCAGCAGCGGGCGCGGGAGCAGCGGCGGCGGAGAUUCAGCAGCCGCGGAAGGCCGUGCGCACGCUGCUGUCGCGGGAGCAGGCGGAAGGCGCGGGGGCGCGCGUCAGGCGCAGCAUCGGCAGGUGGGUGCAGCGGGCCGCGGGAGAUGGGGAGGCUUGGCGGGGAACCGAAGCGGGUGCGGCGGGGCCGGAGCUGCGGCAGCUGGACCCCUUCCUGCUGCUUGACGAGUUCAAAGCGGCGGACGCGGCAGCAGGCUUUCCAGACCAUCCCCACCGAGGCUUUGAAACCGUCUCCUACCUGCUUCAGGGGUCGUUCGUGCACGAGGAUUUCAACGGCCACAAGGGGCAGCUGCACGCGGGAGACGUGCAGUGGAUGACAGCUGGCAGGGGCGUGGUGCACUCGGAGAUGCCUGGCGGAGGUCCCACACACGGGCUGCAGCUCUGGGUCAACCUGGCGGCUAAAGACAAGAUGGUGCCAUCGGCCUACCAGGAGCUGAGAGACAGCGACAUCCCCAAGGCGUCGCACAACGGCGUGCACGUGGCCGUCAUUGCCGGCACCGCCCUCGGCGUCUCCUCCCCCGUCGUCACCCGCACGCCCACCUCCUACCUCUCCUUCCGCCUCGACCCCGGUGCGCACCUCGCGCAACCGCUCCCCACCGCGUGGAACGCCUUCAUUUACACGCUCUCAGGAGCCGCCAGCAUAGGGGAGAGGGGGACUGAGCCCACGGGGGCACACCACACGGUGGUGCUGGGGGCGGGGGAUGGCGUGCACGUGUGGAACGACGGCGCUGAGGAGUGCCGCUUUGUGCUGAUAGCGGGGCAGCCUAUAGGCGAGGCGGUGGUGCAGUACGGUCCCUUUGUGAUGAACACAGAGGAGGAGAUUGAGCAGGCUCUCACUGACUACCGCCGCGGGGUGAACGGGUUUGAGAAGGCCCGCACGUGGCGCUCCGUGCAUGGGCGGAUCCGCACGCGCGCAAUGCCCGCCGCUCCCCCGCAGUCCUGCGCGCUGCUCCCCCCUCUCCUCGCCGUCGGCGCGCUCACCUCUCUCGCGCUCGCCCUCGCCGCCCUCCACUUCUCCCUCCGCCGCCGCCUCCCCCCUCCGCGCGCGCUCAAGCGCGCCGCCGCGCUCUGCCUGCUCUACACGCUCGCGCUCGCGCUCCUCUCACUCCCCGCGCCCUUUGCGCCCGCAUUCAGCCCCUGCGCUGCCCCGCGCGCGGAUAACAAUGCGGGGGCGGCGCGAGAACUAGGGGAGAAGGACGGGGUAGGCAGCGGAAAUGAGGUGAGCGGAGGGGGGUGGGCGCGCGGAGAAGAAAAAUGGGUAGAUGGCGCGGGAGGCGGAGGGCUGAGCAGAGGGGAGGAGGUGGAGAGAAGGGACGCGGAGGCGGAGGCGGAAGCGACGGGGAAAGCAGGAGAGGCGAGGGCGAGAGAGGCAGGGGAAGAGCGGGAGAUAAUGGAGGGGGGGGUGAAUGCAGGGGUGCGAGGAGAGGUGGCAGGUGCAGCAGCAGGUGAUGUGGCGGUGGAUACUGGCAGUGCUGCUACAACUCGCCGCACAGGUAGCAGCGCGAGCAAGAGUGGUGAAAGUGCUAGUGGCGCACAGGUAGAGGGCGCGGAGCGCGGAGAGGGCGCGGAGGGCGGAGAGGGCGCGGAGCGCGGAGAGGGCGCGGAGGGCGGAGAGGGCGAGGAGGGCGGAGAGGCAGUGCGGCCCACACCCGCUGGCGCACACCCGCCCGCCCCUCAACCGCCCUCACCGCCCCCACACUCCACACCCACGCUUUCUUCUCCCUCAGUGCCUCCCUCCCUGCCACCACCCUCCCCCUCCCUCCAUCCCCCAUCCCCUCCCUCAUCUACCCCAUUCUCCCCUCCUCCCCACCCCGCCCUUUUUCCGCCCUCCUCCCUCCUUCCCUCCCCCACGCUCCCCAACCCCCUCUCAACCCCGCUCUCCCCCCCAUCCACCUCACCACCCCUCACCCCACACUCGUCGCCCCUCCCCGCCACCCCUGCACCGGCGCGCUUCUUCAUCUACCGGCUCAUCGGCAACGACAUGCCGCCGCUGCAGUGCGCGCAGCAGCUGCAGCGCAACACGCUGUACGCGCUGCAGCACGAGCCGCCCCUGCUGGAGCAAGCACGGCGCCUGUGGGUGCUGAACCACGUGGUGAAUAGCACCGCGCUCGCUCACCUGGUGGCCGCCAUGCGCGCCCACGGGGUCAAGGACGAGCAGGACAUGCUCAUGCGCCCGCUCAACCUCUCGCUCAUCGCCACGCUCGACCCCUCCCUCUGGACCACCGCUGUCACCGGCCCUGCACCCACGGGCCAUAUGCCCUCCCACUCCACCCAUGCCGUCAUCCUCAUCGACCCCCCCACUCCCCCACCCUCCGGUUCCCCCCCCCAUGGCGUCCCUCCAUCAACACCCCUCCCAGCGCAGAACGAGGCGCGCAACUUGAUGUUGGAGCACGCGCGCAGAGAGGGCGCGCAGUGGGUGCUGGCCUUUGACGGCAACCAGUUCCUCACCGCCGAGGCCUGGCGGUUGAUAGUGCAGGCCGCUGACCGGCACGAGAAGAGGGGCUUUAAGGUGUUCAAGGUACCCAUGUACAGGGUGCACCAGGAGCAGUCGCCCACAUGGCUCAACGCCUCCUCGCGCUUCCUCCAUCUGCGUCGCUUCGCCCCCCACCUGCACGAGAGCCAACUCGCCUUCCGCGCCGAUGCGCCCUACCGCUACCAGCCGGGCAUGGCGUACGGGCAGGACAACAAGAUGGAGCUGCUCACACGCGUGUGCGGGUCGGGCAAGUUCAGAAAGAAACACUUCCGGCUCUGGCAGCUGCAGGCCGAACAGGCGCAGCAGCAAGCCAUGCUGGCGGCACAGCAGGUAGAGAAAGAGGGGCAUGAGGGGCUGGGGAAGGAGCAGGAGCAGCAGGGGCGGGCGAUGGCAGUGGGAAUGUCUGGGUUGCCUGAGGUGGACGAUGAUGGUGACGAGGGCGAGGGCGAGGGCGAGGGCGAGGAGGAGGUGGACAAGGGGCGGUGUGGGUGCCACAGGGAGGUGGGGUUGGACGCGGGGUACCAGCGCGGGAAGCAGCUGGUGGCGUACGAGUGCGGGUACAGCAUCCGCCUGUGGUACUUCCCGUGCGCCCACGUGGACGUGGAGAAGAUGUUCCUCAAGGCGCACUACCGCGCGCAGCUCAGGGAGGAGGGCCGGCAGCAGCUGCACACCUUGAUUGAGCAAGCUAUAGAGGGGGCUGUCAAGGGGUGGCACAAUACAACGAUGCAGUAA